AUGGAACGCAUAACUGUAGAAUAUUAUCGUGCCGGAACGCCUUAUUUACCUCCAGAAGCUAUUGAGGAAAUUAUUCAAUCUCAAGGGACAAUUAAAAAUGCAUGUAAAGAAAUGGUUGAUAAAUAUGCAUCUAUGCCUAAAAAUAAUAUCUCAAAUGAGCGGACAAAAAAGAAAAGAUCUAGUUCCAGAUCAAUUCACUUUUCUCACUUGUCUUCUAAUAGUGGAGAGAAGAUAAGAAAAAUAAGUGAAAAUAUUAUAAAUGAUGACAUUCCUAAUACAGAUAUAGUUGCCCAAAUUGAGCGAGAAAUAAAAAGAAAAGAUAAAAACUUAGCUAGUAGCGCUCGUAUAAAAUCUACUACUUAA